AUGUCACCCCCGGCUGCUCAAUCCCCUACACUGCCACCUACUCCUGCGCUCGAUGAAACACCUCUCGGGAAACUCGCAAGCAUGAAGAUUACAGAGUCUCCCGCUCAACCGCAGCCUGACAUACUGGCACUGCCGAACCAGCUCGCCAUAGCUGGCAGGGCUCAGAACACUCUGACCCUGAACCGCCUCGGCCCAUUGACACCGGAAGCUUCACGUCCGAGCAGCCCGUAUGCUCCGCCGGUCAAUUAUGACGGAUUGUCGUGGCCGAGUGUCGGAACGAAGGAGCGCUUGGAAGCAACACCCGAAGAAGCCGCUGCGCGCCUUGAGAAGCUGUCCGGAGCCAUCCGCACUCUCCUAGAAUGUAUCGGCGAGGACCCCACGCGCGAAGGUCUCCUUGACACCCCAACACGCUAUGCCAAAGCCAUGCUCCACUUCACGAAGGGCUACCAAGACAACCUGCGUGUCAUCGUCAACAAUGCCGUCUUCGCCGAGGACCAUGACGAAAUGGUGAUCGUCAAGGACAUCGAGGUCUUUUCCAUGUGCGAACACCAUCUCGUCCCUUUCACCGGAAAGAUACAUAUCGGCUAUAUUCCGAAGGGGAAGGUCCUGGGGUUGAGCAAGUUUGCCAGGAUCGCGGAAAUGUUUGCGAGGCGGUUGCAGCUACAGGAGAGGUUGACGAGGCAGGUUGCGAUGGCCAUCGAGGCUAUUUUGAGCCCGUUGGGUGUUGCGGUCGUCAUGGAGAGUAGCCAUUUGUGCAUGGUUAUGAGAGGCGUGGAGAAGACGACUGCGACAACCAUCACGAGCAGUAUGUUGGGGGCGUUUAGGAAGAGCACAAAGACAAGAGAGGAGUUUAUGCAUCUGGUUUUGCGAAAUGGACGAUAG